AUGGCUCACACUAGCGGCAUCGGCGCCGACGUCUUCGACAAGGGCAACUGGUACCACGAGGUCCUCGAGGAUGGCCUCGCCAUCUCCUACAGGGUUGAGGAGGUGCUCCACAAGGGCCAGUCCAAGUUCCAGACCGUGGAGGUGGUCAAAACCAAGCCCUUCGGCCGUCUGCUCAUCACCGACGGGCUCAUGCAGAGCUCCGAGGAUGACGAGUACGUCUACCACCAGUCCCUCGUCCACCCCGCGCUCGCGGGGCACCCGGAACCCAAGAAGGUGUUCAUCGCGGGCGGCGGAGAGGGCGCCACCCUUCGCGAGGUGCUGAAGCACCCCAGCGUCGAGGAGUGCAAGAUGGUCGACAUCGACGGCGAGGUUGUCGACAUGUGCGCCAAGCACACCCCGUUCUACAACGCGGGCGCGUACGAGUCCCCGCGGGCCAAGCUCGUCAUCGGCGACGCCAAAGCCGGGCUGGAGGCUGAGCCAGACGGCUCCAUCGACGUCAUAAUCUGCGAUCUCUCCGACCCGCUCGACGGCGGACCGUGCUACCAGCUGUACACCACCUCGUUCUACGAGAUGUGCAAGUCCAAGCUCGCGCCGGGGGGCAUCCUCGUGACCCAGUCGGGGUGCGCCGCCGUUCGCGACUGCAAGGCGGUUUUCACCCCAAUCAACAAGACGCUCAGGGAGGUGUUCCCCCAGGUGUGGGGCUACACCGUGUGCGUGCCCUCCUUCUGCUCCGAGUGGGGUUUCAACAUCGCCACGAAGGAUGCGGACCACGUGGACCUCUACACCGGCAUCACCGCGAACGGCGAACUCGACAAGCGACUCGCGGCGCGGGGCCUCGGCGCCCUCUCCUACUACGACGGCAUCACCCACACGAGGAUGUUCUCGCUGAACAGAACCGUGAGGGAGGCGUGCGAGCGGGAGACUCGCGUGAUGACGGUGGAGAACCCGCUGUUCAUGUGCUCCACGGACACGCACGCGGGCGUGUUCGAGCCGGAGAAGUGA